GUAUUGCGCGGGUCCAUGGUGGGCAUUUUCCUUCGCCAUUUUGAUUUCAUCAGAAUCAACAAGAAGCUCCAAAAUUCUUCGUUUUCAAUGAAAGAAAUGAUAUAUUUGGCAGAAUAUAUAUACUGAUCAAAGACAACAUAUCUAGCUGACAAGAACCACCAAAGAUGUCGGAGGAGGUUCAGUAUGAAGUAAUGGGAUCAACAGAGGCCCUUAUGCAGACAAUGCUUACCCCUGGGGCGAUCCAGGAGGUCGCAGAGGAAGAGCUAUCAGCAGGAAACCAAGAGAUCAUCAUUGAUGGGAUGCCCCUACAGAUUCCGGCUGGAAACUACAAGACAGAGGUGUUGGAGGAUGGCACAGUACAGGUGAUUGUUUAUCAGGAUAGUAAAGAAGAUCAGGAGCCAGCUGCCCCAAGGUUCGCCGAGUCUGCCAUACAGACAGACAUUGACAUUAAAAACAGGCGUGCACACAGCAUUGGAAUUCAGAAUACGACAGUCCCACAGUUUAACAGUUACAGCUUUGCAGAACAUGGGAUACAAACAGAUCCAACCCCUGAUGAGUCAAUAGUAAUUGAACCAGAUUACAGCAUGCCAGCCGACUUACCAAUACCUGAGGACAAUGAAGAAAUGGACGAUUCAUUAGUCGAAGACAACAAUGAAGAAACACCAGGAAAAAAAAGGAAGCGUGGACGACCUACUAAGAAUCCGCGGGUUAUACAGAACAUUCACACAGAUGACGAGAACAACACAGUGAAGGGACUUCGUGCAGGCAAGGAAGUAACUUUCCACAAAUGUGGUAUCUGUGGAAAAAUCUACAAAAACAAAACCAACUGGAUGAACCACCUUAAGGUCCACUCAAAGGAGCAGGUGUUCAUGUGUGGAUACUGCGGCCAGCUCUUCCAGAGGCACAGUUUUGUUGCACAUGUUAAAAGUCACCAAAGUGAAGAAGAGGCUAAAGAAGAAGCUGCAAAUGCCCAGAAAAAAAAUGCUGAUGCUGAGGUAGCCAAUACUGCAGCUGCCUCAGCGGAAACUCAAACAGCAGCUACCAACAUGAACGAAAAUCAGGAAUUUGAUGUCAUGGACGAGAAUGGGGAGAAGAGGUACAUGGUGAGAAGUCAUCAGGUAACACUGCCCAACCAGCAGGUAGCCACAGUAAUAGACCUUGGGAAUUUGAUCGACGUCGCUAUGAAUGCUGAGGUGACAUCAGAUGCUGCCGACAGCGGGGCAAAGAGUGCUGAUCAUGACCUGAAGGCAACUACCUCACAAGCAGAGAGAGAAGAACUAGAGACAGCUAUAGCAGAGGCUGAGAACAGUCAGGAAGAGGAGAUCCCAAAUACUGUAGAGGGUGAGAGUGAAGAGGUAUCUACCAAAUACAUCUAUAAAUGUAAUGUUUGUGGUAAGGAGUACAAUAACAAGAGUAACUGUCACCGCCAUCUAAAGUCACACACUCAUGACAAGACAUACAAGUGUGAACAUUGUGACAAAACCUACAUGCAUCGAUAUGAACUCAAAAUGCACAGUCGCAUUCAUACAGGAGAAAAGCCUUUUAAAUGUGUUAUUUGCACCAGAGCUUUCAACGAAAGUGGUAACCUCCGACGACACAUGAAGAUUCACGCUGGUGACGACACACCCUACAAAUGUGGGGUCUGCUUUAAAGGGUUCACAGAUUUAUAUCGCCUCCAUGUUCACCUUAAAGUUCACACCGGUGAGAUCAAGUGCGACACAUGUGGGAAAGUAUUUGGUAAAAUAUCCGACCUGUACCGUCAUAUCCGUAUACACACAGGCGAUAAACCCUACAAAUGUGAUCAGUGUCACAAGGCAUUUUGUCAAAAGGUCAACCUACAGACACAUUACCGCACACAUACAGGCAAGAGUCCAUUCCAGUGUGAACUCUGCCAUUUCACCUUCAGUCGUAAACAAAUCCUCGACAACCAUAUGAAGGUUCAUGCUGAGAUUGAAGAUGAGGAAAGACUGAAAACAGCUGGGGAGAUCAAGAAGGAGGUAAUUGAUGAGGAACUUGAGGGUGCUGAAGAACAGGAGCAGGAAGGCAGUACUAUGAUGGAGGUUGUCGAUUUGUCAGUGGACGAGCAGACUGGGUUGGUUGAGGUACCAGUGGACUCUCAAGAGAUAGAGACUGGACUAACACAGGAGGAACUUGCCCAGUUAGUCGCUGCUACUGUCACAGAGUAACACUUGAUGCUGCACAAGAAGACAUGAAAAAUGUACAUAAAAGUUUUGUAUCUACUACAAGUCACAUGGAUUUGGGAAGAAAACUGGGGUAUUUUGGUUCUCAACAUUGGAACAUUUUAACCAUGCACUUGUUUUAUUUUAUCUGGGGAUCUCUUAUUUUCUAGUUGUCAUUCAGUUUUCCUCAGGAAAUAUUUUGCUACUUGUACAUUAAGCUUAAGUUAACUGUUCAAUCUAAACAUGACUUAACCAAAGGAAAAGUUCCUAUCAGAAAAGAUUAACUUGAGAAUUUUUGUUUUUAUGUUUUGACUUGUUUUGAAUUCCAUAAAUUGCAGUUGUCAUGUAUUCUUUAAUAUUUCUGCAUUAAACCAAAAUUUUGGAAAUGUUCACAUGAAAUUGUUAACCCUGAUUUGAAAGGAUUUACUUAAAUUAGUCAUGGUUAAGAUAUUUAUGUUUGUAAUGAAAUGAAAAGUUUCUGUACUUAACCAAAAUAAAAAUACUGGGUUGGUUUAGACAAACACAUAUUUUAUAAAUCCAUCUACUGAUCAGAAUCUUUUAAGUGGUUUAAGAUAUAUAUAGAUAUAUUGACAGUGUGUAUGCUGUAUUGUUAAUGUACUGCUGUCUACUCUUAGAAUUAGUGUUACUGACGAAGAUGUUGAUUUCUAAUUAUUUUAUACUGACUUUAACAGACAAAUUAUUAUAAUGAUACACCAUGGCUCGAUAGUUCUGUUACAGUAGACAUAUCAACAACUUAAUCAUUUGGAAAAAUACUCAGCAGUGUCUAUUAAAAAGUUGAUCUUGUAUAUUUCAUAAUUCUUUAAUAUUGAAUAAUUGAACUCUAUAAUGAUGACUUUAACACUUUGUGAUAAACAGCACAAUGUACUCAAAUCUUCAAACUGUUUAAUACCUGUGACGCUAUGUUAGUCUAUAUUAACUUUGUUUGUUACAUUCCAGUGUUUGAUAUUAUCUGUUAGUUUAAUGUAUUGUAAUUAUUUGAGAAUGUCUCCUGUUCCUUUGUACCGGCCUGUACAUAAGCUGUAGAACUGUAAAAUGUACAAUUUAUUUAGUAAACAUCAGGAAUAUCAGUGAUCAGAUAAAAUUAGAUGAUGAUGAUAAUAAUAAUAAUACAUGAUUUAUAUCAAAUUCCAUUGGAUAGGUCUGAUGGAUUGAAGUUAUUGAUCAGACCUUUGAGUUUCACAGCUGGUGUUCAUGAAAUGAGCGGAAUACAUUUUAUAACAGUUUUUUUUGUUCGAUUCAAAGUCCUAUAGUUUACUGACAUGUAUCGGUAUGUUUUAUUAAAGUAAUGAUAUAUAAAAAUUACCAGGUACAUGAAAAAGAAAAUUUGUUUAUAUAAUUGUCAGUGGAGAUGUUCUACUAGUGAUUUCACAAACAUUAUUAUCUGAUUGCAUAAACAUUAUUGUCUAGUUACAUGAACAUUAUUGUCUGAUUGCAUAAACAUUAUUAUCUGGUAAUUAAUAUAACAUCAACAUUAUUUUCUAGUUACAUAUUGUCUGGUCACAUAAACAUUAUUGUCAUUCUAUAGAUCAGCAAUUAUAAUCAACAUGCAAUAUCAAAGGGGAUGUAAAACAUGCAAAAAGAUAAAAAUAAACUUCCAAAUCUUAUAUCAAUCAAUUAAUAUAAUUCAAUAUAUUCAUGUUUUGUUUGGCAAAUUCCAAAGCUACUCAUAGAGUGCUGUGAUAGAAUUGGGAUACUUUGUACAUAUGUAAAGUUGUAUGUUACAUUAUUUUAUGUGGCAUUUUGCCAUUGUGAAGUCAAAGCAGCCUAAUUAAUAACAUUUCAAGUAGCAGUCUCAUUUGAAUUGAUGUAAAUAUUUUCUAGUUAAUGUUUGAAGUUGAAAUUUGUACAUACCGUUUGUUAUAAGGUGUCUUUACUAUAAAUUUUUGUUAACAUCACAUUUUUGUUUUUAUUGUAAAUUGUAAAAAGUAUGAUUGUUAUAGAUGUAACAGGUAUGUGUACACUUGUAAACAAAAAGUUUAAUCAGGUGGAAAAUGAUUGAUCACUAAAUUGCAAUUUAUGAAAAAAAACUUCUCGUAUAUAACUGUAUAUACAUUAAAUGUAGAUGGGACUGACAUUUCGAAUUAUUUACUUUCUGUAGUAUUUAAAAUGAUGUGGAGUUCACUUAUUUACAUACCGGUAUACAACUUUUCUACCAAAAUCUAUAAACCGUCUUCAGUCUAUAGUAUAUAUAUGAUCAAUAAUCUGUACCUGGUCGUACUUCAUGUUAUCCUGAUGUUGACAAAAGUCAUGCACACAGACAACACCAUCUGGGUGGUAUUGUAGCCGGUAAUUAAAAUGUAUUGGUGUACAGCCAGCUGUUAGGGAGACCUGUCUUACUACAUUAUAUAGUUGGCUAGUUACAGGAAUCUAUUAAUAUGUGUGUAGUAAACUCAACUAACUUUUUUCAGUAACCCAAAAUAUUUGAGUUAUUUGCACAAAGCAAAGUGUUUUUGUUGUUUUCAAUCUUGUUGAUUAGUCAUAAUGUUUCGGCACUUUCAUGAUAUUUUUUUAUACCAUAUAAUUAAUAAAAGGGACAUGCAUGCUCUUAAAAAGUGUGCUAAAGUUGCUGAUAUGAUAUAUAUCUUUGUGAAAAAUGUCUUGUUAAGGGUUUAAUUAGUUUGAAGUGUUUGUUUUUGUCUUGAUUUGUCACUAAAAUGUAGGAAUUUUUUGUUGUUUUUUCCCCCUAAUAUUUCCAAAGUAGGUUCAGACAAUUGAUACAACGUAUCUUGCCAAACAAGACCUUUUGAUAAUGAUGGUAUCCACAUCUAGGGAUAUCAUCAAUUAGUGACUAAAAACUUUAAAAAAAAAUUAAGCUUAUAUUGAAGUUUUAAAAUAUGAUUUUGGGUUUACCGGUAAUUAUGUAAAUAUAUCUGUACUUUGUGUUACUGUACACAUAUCUGGAUCUUGUGUUACUGUACAUAUAUCUGGAUCUUGUGUUACGGUACAUAUAUCUGGACUUUGUAUUACUGUACACAUAUCUAGAUCUUGUGUUACUGUACACAUAUCUGGAUCUUGUGUUACUGUACAUAUAUCUGGAUCUUGUGUUACUAUACAUAUAUCUGGAAACCUUUUACUUUUGACAUAUCCUUGAGAAUCAUUUACCAGUAGAACUAUUGUACAACAUAUUCAGACCAAAACUAUAUUGUGUUGUUUUCUUGACUGGUAAGGGGAGAUAAUUGGAGUAUCUUGUAGAUUCAGAAUUACUUCAGUAAUAUUGGUUAUCACAAUGUUGAGAUUGUCUUGUGCCUAUUAUACCAAGUACUUCUUGUUUUAUAAGCUUAAACAUGUACUUUUAUGGAAUAGGAAGAUUUCACUAAGGAGGAGUGUUAAAUGGCACACUUUAUGAGUUUAGGGAAAUUUAGGGAAGUACAUGUAGUUUUAAUUUGCAGUUGUCAACUUGUCAAAGUGAAGUUGAGUUGUAUGUACAUAUAUAAUAACAGUUCACACCUUUUUUUGCUAAUUAAACAAUUGUUAUCUUUCACA